UUCCUCACACAUCUAAUACGGGCGGAUUUUUCCACGUCGGUGGUUUUUCCCCGCCGGCGGAAGCAACAUCACCUGCUUUCACCCUCACCAAUCCGACGGACAUCGAACGGUUACUGGGACAAUAUUCAAACCGGAGGACUGCGGACUCAUGGGUCGGAUAGCAAUGGACAGGGAUGUUUUCCGACGGAAUCGGGGUUGGAUACUGA